AGCUCAAAGAAAAAAUCUCAGAAGCAUGAACGAAGAACAACGAUCUCUGCUCCUCAAAUCCGCCUCUCUCUUCCCUCCUUCUCCAGGAGUGAAGCUAUCAUACGGUACAGCCGGGUUCAGAGCAGACGCUUCUAUCCUUCAAUCAACGGUGCACAGAGUAGGAAUAUUGGCAGCUUUGAGAUCGCUGAAGACCCAAUCAGUGAUCGGCUUGAUGGUCACAGCUUCGCACAACAAAGUCACCGAUAAUGGCGUCAAGAUCGCUGAUCCUAGUGGUGGAAUGCUCUCUCAAGACUGGGAACCUUUCGCUGAUCACAUCGCCAAUGCUCGUGAUCCUGAAACCCUCGUUUCGUUGAUUGAAGAAUUUGUGAAGAAGGAAAAUAUCCCCUUUGAUGGAACACAUUCAGCAGAGAUAUUGUUGGGAAGAGACACGAGGCCUAGUGGUGAAUCUCUUCUUGAAGUUGCUAAACAAGGAAUCAAUUCGGUAUCGGGGGCAGUGGCCCAUGACAUGGGAAUUUUGACCACUCCACAACUACAUUGGAUGGUUCGUGCCAGAAAUAAGGGCUUGAAAGCAACUGAAUCUGAUUAUUUUGAUCAGCUUUUGAGUUCAUUCAGUUGCUUAAUGGAUUUGAUACCCGAUGGAAGUAAAAUUAAUGAGAGCGAGGACAAAUUGAUGGUGGAUGGGGCUAACGGUGUGGGUGGAGAAAAACUUGAAAUUAUAAAGACAAAGCUGAAUGGUUUGGUUAUUGAGGUUUAUAAUGAUGGAAAAGGAGGAGGUGUACUCAAUGAAGGAGUUGGUGCUGAUUUUGUGCAGAAAGACAGGGUUGCUCCACAUGGAUUUAGUUCUAUCCAUGCUGGGAUAAGGUGUGCAAGUCUGGAUGGGGAUGCUGAUCGGCUUGUCUAUUUCAUUGUGCCAUCAAAUAGUAGCAGCAAGAUUGAUCUUGUUGAUGGGGACAAGAUAUUAUCUUUGUUUGCUGUAUUCAUCAAGGACCAGUUAAGUAUUCUCGAUGAGGGAGAUAUGAAAGGAAAAGAUAAUUAUAAAGCUCGUCUUGGUGUUGUACAGACAGCUUAUGCAAAUGGCGCAGCCACAGAUUAUCUCAAGCAGUUGGGCCUGGAAGUUGUAUUUACACCAACAGGAGUAAAAUACUUACAUGAGCAAGCUGCUCAGUAUGAUAUAGGGAUCUAUUUCGAGGCUAAUGGCCAUGGCACCAUCUUGUUCUCAGACCAGUUCUUAUGCUGGCUUGAGGCCAGAAAUAAUGAGCUUUCUUCCAUAUCUAAAGGUUCAGAAGCCCAAAAGGCUGCUUUGAGACUGUUGGCAGUCAGUAAGUUGAUCAAUCAAGCUGUCGGAGAUGCUUUGAGUGGCUUGCUCUUGGUGGAGGCUAUAUUGCGACACAUGGGAUGGUCAAUACAUAAAUGGAAUGCACUCUAUCAGGAUCUACCAAGUAAGCAACUUAAGGUUAAAGUGGUGGACAGAACUGCUUGUGUUACGGCAAAUGCAGAAACUGUGGUUGUGAGCCCCCCUGGCGUUCAAGAAGCUAUUAAUGCUGAAAUUGCAAAAUAUCAUCAAGGCCGAUCUUUCAUACGACCUUCAGGUACAGAGGAUGUCAUACGUGUAUAUGCAGAGGCAUCCACACAAGAAGCAGCAGACAGCCUUGCUAACUCUGUAGCUGCAAUUGUGGACCGAUUUCUUGGUUUCAGCAGCUCCCAAUAAUUGCUUCUGACCUUUUUCUUUAACUGGACAUGACCAGUCUGAGCUCCAGAUUGCACAUCUCUGAUCAUUGCGGUUGCGGAUGCGCCUAAUGAUUUAGAUGUAUGAUGUGGUAUUUUACAAAUAUUGUAUUUUGCAAAGCCAAAAUGGAAUAUGAUUUGAGACA